GAGAUCGAUUUAGCUGACAAGCGGCCCUUCGCGAAAGGGGCCGAGAUUCCUGGGUACAAGGCGGAGGUGUACCGGUCCUACGACAAAAGCGCGCGCGUCGGUGGUUUGAGCUUCGCCAUCGACAGCGGCCGACAAGACAAAGCUCUACAAGAAGGACGGACUUUGCAAGUGGGACGCCAAGGACCUCGAGAUCGCCGAGAAGGGCAUGUGCGUCGCCGAGGACCUCGUGGAGACGAUCGCGCCGUAUGCGCGCGCGCACGCGGAGAAGCUCGCCCAGGUCGUAUCGCGCGAGUAGAGGCGAGUGAGGAUUACCUUCACGAAUAACGAAUGCGGCCGCGACGAUACAAAUUACGACUUUUUUGGCAGCGAGUUCCGAGAAACGAAUUUGCUCAAUUACGAGUCCCGAGUUUUGCUCGACGAAUUUUUCUGACGAAUUUCCCACGGGGA